GUAUCAGAUGUGUAUGUGUGUCGAAUGAGUUCGAUGGAAUUGAGUUUCGCGCGCGUUAUAGCAAAUUCAUUCGAUUCAUAAAUUUCAACGAAUUUUGUUUUGUUUUUCGAUUCUCUCGAAACAAGAAAAUGAGUGGACGAAAAUUUUUCAAAUCUAAUCGAUCACAACGAUUAGAAGCAUCAUCAUCAUCAACAAUACGUCGUGAUGUUAUCGAUGAUUUCCUUUUAUCAAACGAUGAAAUUGAACCCAUAGAAUUAAAUAACAAACGAAAAUCCGAAAUCAUCAUUCAACAAGAACAAGAACAACCACAUCAACAACAACAAAAUGAUAAUGAUGAUGGAGAUGCGGAUAGUUCAGGAAUCGAUGAUGAUUUUGAAUUUGAUCAUUUUGGUGAAGAUGAUUUCGAACCAUUAUUUAUUCGAUGUUCAACACCAAAUCAUCAAGAGUUUGAUUAUCAUCAUAAUUUAUCGCAAUCGAUUAAUAAUAAUAUCGAAAGACCGAAAAUAAAUCCUUGGGAUAAAGCUUUAUCGGAAAAUGAAUCAUUAAAAGAAUGGGUAAAAAAAUUCAAUGAACAUAUUGAAAUGGUGGAUAACAGCGAAGUGGUUAUCAAAAAAAUUAAACAUUAAUAAGAAAAAGAAUUUAUCAUUUUUUUAAAAUUACAUUUUUUUUUGUUCAUUAAAAUUACAUUGAUUGGUGGUUUAAAAACACUGUUCUUUUUUACCGUUUCGAUAAUCCAAUCGAUUGAUUCUUUAAUACCAUCACUUGUUUUUAAAAAUGGAUUGAAUAUAAGAAAUGAAUUUCAAUCAAACAAACAAAGAAAAAU